AGUGUGAUUGUGGUGUUGAUGCUGUUGUUAUUUGUGAUUGUUGCGUGCGAUGUUGUGUUUAGUGUAGGUAGUGAUUUGUGGUAGUUGUGUUUGUGAAUGUGUUUGUAGUGUAUGUUUGUUUUCUCCAUGAUCGAUUGAUCGCACUUGAUUUGUCGUGUUGAAAUUGUUGCCAUAUAAUUAUUUUGUUACAUUUGUGUUGUUGUGUAAUGUGUGUUUGUGGUGUUUUUAUGUUAUUUUUUUUUUGUUCUUGUAUAUAUUUGGUUUGUCUUUUCUUAAAUUUUUGUUUGUUCACUUCUGUUGUCUUGAUGUACACUUUUAUGGUUUUUUGUGUUUUGUGUCACUUAGGUUUGCAUUUAUAUACUGUCUUAGUUUAUUGUCAUGUUUCUGUGAUGAAUAUUUCAUUGUUUGUCAUUUAUAUUUCUGAUUAUUUAAUCUAUCUUGAUUUUCGUUUGUCUUUUGUUUCUCAGGAUGUUUCACCAAAUAUUAUUCAUCUUCUGUUGGAUAUUCACAAUCUUCGUAAUGCUGAUCUUAAUUCUUCGUGUACAUUGUGUAUAUUUGAUGUAUUGUUUCGUAUAGGACUUGUUAAACAAUUAAUCCCAUUGGAUGAUUGUAUAAAUAAUGAUUCUAACUGUUUAUCUAUCGAUUUCACUUACAUUGUUGGUUCAAUUUAUGAUGAUACAAUAUUGAGAUCCGAUGUUCGUGAUGUUAUUGAUUGGUUUGUAUCACCACUUCGAUUACUUUCAGAAUAUAAUAUCACAGUUGAUAGAAAGUGCUGUGGAUGUAAAAGUGAAUUACAAGUUCCUUUAUCAAUCCCAAUAUUUUGUUUACCACACAUUAGACCAUUACCAGUGGAAAAUAUUUUAAAACUAUUGGCUGAUACAUUAAAGACACUUGUAAAUACUCUACAUUGUUCUACUGAGUUCAAUUCAGAAAAUAGAAUAACCAUAGAAGAAAAAGAGCGAUUAUUCCAAAUAAUGGCAGUCGUACAAGCUGUACAAAAACUUCAAUUACGCACCAAUCAUUGUAACAUAAAUUUUCAUAUUACUCCUGAUGAACUGUCCUUGAAAAAAUUGAUUUCACUAGCUAAAUCUUAUCAUAAUUUAUAUCCAGAAUAUUGUUGUAUCAUUUUACGUAUUAUUGAUAUCCUUAUUCAUGUAUUGAUUUCUAAUAAUGAUUAUCAACAAUAUUUAAUCAAUCAUCGAGAUAUUCUACAUGGAAAUUUAUUACCGUUGUUAAUCUCUCCUAGUCAUCAGAUAAGAUUACAUGUUCUAAGAAUUCUAUUCGUAAUCAAUGGUGAUUUAAGCAAUUCUACUGAUUAUAAUAACAGUUGUUCAAAUACUGAACACUAUAACUCUACUGUACAAAAUAUUAUUGAAAGAUGUUUAAAAGCUGAAAAAAUACAACUUGGACAUCAAACUGUACGUGAUUUUCUAAUGCAUAUACUUCAAUUACAUGCUGAUCGUGAUGUGAAAUAUUGUAGACAAGCGGCUGAGAUUGCUAUUCAUUAUUUAUUUGGUCUACUUCAUGUUCAAUUCACUGUUAUUUGGUCCCCAAUAUAUGAGGCUAUUGCAAGUUAUUGUGAAUCAAAUUCAUUAUUAAAGAAAAAAUCAAUUAAACAUAACAAUUCAUCUAAUGAAUUAGAAAUGAAAGAGAAAAAUUGGAAUAUUGAAUGUAGAAAUUUAUUCUGGAGUAUAUUUCAACCAUUAUUAAUGGAUAUUGAGACAAAAAUUGUUAAUAACAAUAAUCAAGAUGUAGAAAAUAUUUCAGAUUCUAAUGAAACAAAUCUUUAUACUUGUUCAUAUGAAACUGCCAUCAUAUGGUUCACAUCAAUUCGUCCAGAUUUAUAUAGUUUACAAAGGAAAAGACCCAAUGAUAAUACUAAUAAUAAUUGGUUAAUUAUUGAAUCAAGAAAACGUCCAGAUUGGUUAUCAUAUCGAUUAUGUUUAUGGCAGUGUUUACGUUGGAAAGUCGCUGCAAAAUAUACACAUUUUCUUACACCAUUAUUAUUGAAUAUAAUUAGUUCUGCUAUUCAGUCUGGUUUAAAUAAGUCAACUGAACAACUUCUAUUGACUAUCCUGAAUUUAUACUCUCAAUUCAAUAAUAUCAAAUCAAUUUAUAUGGAGAAAGAGUUCAAACAAAAUAUAUACCAAUUGUUAAAAUUUAAACAACCCACAAUACAAAGUGCAGCAUUCAAAUGUUUACUGGCUUAUAAACAAUCAGCAAUUAAUAAUUAUCAAGAACAAAUAGAGAAGAUUAUUAAUCCACAAACAUUUCGUGAUGCAGUGAGAACAUUUCGACUGGACACAUCUUUAUACUCUUCAGAACAUCGUGAAUACAUUGGUGGAGUUUUGUUACGUAUCUUAUACGGUCGAUUACAAUUGUCCAAAGGUCAAUUCACAUCAGCUGUAUUCACUAAUUUAGCACAAUAUACAAAUUCUGAAUUGAAUUUAUUUCUAAGCUUUUUAUUAGAUCCAUUCAUUAAAGAAACAGAAUGUAUUCAGUUGUCUAUCAAUACUUUUAAUCCUACCACCAUAUCAUUAAAUGAUUGUAUUCAAUCGGCUAGACAACGUGUUCAACAUACAAUUAAUGGUAAAGAUACAUUAUCCUGGUCUCGAUUACAUGCAUUAUCGCAAAUUAUUAAUCAAACAAUAAAUUAUAUGGGUCAUCGUUUAAAUAUUAUUCAAUUAGAUGAGAAUGAUGAAGACAAUCUUGUCAAAAAUUCUAAUUCAAUAGAACUUUCUAAUAAUAUUCAACGUGCUGAUAUUCUAUUACGUUUAGCAUUAUGUCUAUUAGCUAUGGUCUAUGAAGUUAAAAAAAUAAAACUACAAUCAACUGAUCCUAAUCAUAAACAUUGUCUACCUUUAGCAUCUCAAUUAAAAGCUGUACGUUUAGCUGCUAUUAAUUUACUUGUUCAUUUAUUCUCAUCAAAAUGGUUAUGUGAAAUUGAAUUUUGGGGUAAAUCAAUUAACAUUAAUAAUGAUCUUGAUGAUCAAAUUGUUUCGUCAUCAUCAUCGCCAUCCUCAUCAUCAUCGUCAGCAGCAGCAACGUCAGCAUCAGCAACAUCAUCAUCAUCAGAUCGUUCAAUAAUGGUUAAAGAAAUUUGUUGUAAUUCAUUUCUAUUAAAUGAUCUUAUAAAUAGUUCUACAUUAUCAUUAAAUCAUUUAAUUAUACAAUUAUGUUCUAUAUGGUCUAAAUCAACAAUAUAUAAUGGUUAUUUAUGUAGGAAAUUUUUUAAUCAAUCAUUAUUGAAUACAUUAUUUAAAUUAUUAAAUAUACAUUAUAAUCAUAUAAAUAAGAAUACUACUUAUAAUACUACUACUAGUAGUAGUGGUAGUAGUAGUAGUAGUAGUACUAAAUUGAAAUUGAAGAAUGAAAUUAUUGAAAAACUUAUAGAAAUUAUACAUAAUUUAACAUUUCUACCUGAUGUAUCCACUACAGGUCGUGUAUUAUUACAAUCAUUCCAUUCGGAAUUAGUCAAUUAUUUAAAUAAACGUUUACAAGAAUUAUGUCAAGUGAAAUCAACAUAUUUUACAAAUCUUGGCAAAAAACCACAAUCAGGUUUACGUUUACAGCGUGAAUUUCAAUUAGUUAGUUAUUUAGCUCAAUUAUCUUGUUAUUCAAUUAAUAAUACAACGUGUUUAACACCGGUUGAUAGUGAACGAUUACUUCAAGCAUUAUUAAAAUUACUUCAACGUUCAUCAAUUCGUUCAUUGCGUAAUAAUACUACUAACCUGACUACUAAAUCAAUAUCAUUUAAACAUCGUAUUACUAAUAAUCUCUUAGUAAAUUCAGAUGAAUCAGCUAUACGUUAUGAUUUACAAAUGGCUACAGGUGAAGUAGUUGAAGCAGAACUUAUACAAUCUAUUCUUCAUCUUGUACAGAUUACAACAAAUAUUACUGAAUAUUUAAAAAAAAUAUUGGAUUUAUUUGUUUGUUCUAAAUCACGUAUUGCUCGUAGUCUCCUAUGUCAAGUAGUCGGUGUUUGUACAUCACGUUUAACAAAUUGGCCAACAGAUCUAAUUGAAAUGAUUGAUAAGUUGAAUAACAAUGAGAAUAAGAAUAUCAAAGAGGAUAUUAAAGAAGAUACUGAUCCAGUCAAUCAUAAUUUAAGAUAUUUAAAGAAAUAUUUAUCAGAUCACAAUCAAUCAACUGAUGCACUUAAUAAUCUAACUCAAAAUGUACUAUUAAUGUUAAAUUCAUGGGAUAUUACACAUAUUGAUCAACCAGAUAUUCAUCAACGUACUAAUGGUUUUCAUUUACUUAUUGAAUUAUGUACAUUAAUGAAAUUGAAUAAACCACCAAAACAAUUAUUAUAUUUACAUAGAGCUGGUUUAAAUUGUGCUAUUUAUACAAUAACUCAUAAUGAAUUACAUUUACGUGAUAUAGCAUUAGAUUAUAUCAUACAUUGUAUUCAAUCUAUACAAUCUAGAUUAUUAAUAAAACAAAAUCUAAAUCAUCAUGAUAAUCAUAUUGAUACAGAUCAAUAUUAUCAAGAAUUAAUUAUUAAAUGUUUAUGGUCUAAUUUAAUUAUCUAUUUACAAGAUAUAACUAUAUUGUCUAGUAUAAAACGUUUACAUUUAUUACGUUUAUUAAAUUGUAUUAUACGUACCUAUCAAUUAAGAAAAAGAUAUUCAUCAUUAGCCUUAUUAAUAGAUAAUCAUUCAAUCAAUAAUGAUUUUUAUAUGAAUUUACAAAGUGGUACAUUAUUACGUCAAUGUUGUGCAAUACGUCGUUUAGCGUUGUUCUUACAUAAUCCAUUAACUAUUAUAUCACGUCGUCAAUUGAAUUUAAUCAAUAAUAAUAAUAAUAAUAAUAAUAAUAAUGAUUCCAUAGCAACUAAGACUCAUUUUCCUAUAUUACAAAAAGAUUUACGUAAUAUAUUUUUACCAAUAAUAUGGUAUUAUUUAGAAACAGAAUUAAAUUCAUCAAUAGAUUAUAAUAAUAUAAAUUUACAAGAAAAUCAUAAAAAAUUAAUUGAUUAUUGUUUAGAUGCUAUAGAAGGUAUAGCUAAACAAUUUGAUUGGAAAUAUUAUCGAUUUUUAAUAGAAUCAAUUAUUCAACGAUUAAAUUCAUGUAUGAAUAUAAAUUUAUUAUCACAAAUUAUGAUACGUUUAAUUGAUGCAUUUCAACCACCAAAUUGGAAUACGAAUUUAAUGAAUAAUAAUAAUAAUAAUAAUAAUAAUAAUAAUAAUAAUAAUAUUGACAAAGACGAAGAUGACAACAACAACAACAAGAACGAUGAUGUUGAUGAUAAAGAACAAAUUGACGACGACGACAACAAUAACAACCAAGAAAAGAAACAAGAUAAUAAUGAUUAUUUAUAUAUAGAACAAAAGAUUCCUUCUGAACAGGGGGAGAAUUUAAUAAUUCUUAAUUAUAUGCUUAAUGUGAUUAAACGUUUAGAACCAUUUAUAGUGAAACCAAUAAAAACAAAUAAAUGUGAAUUAAUAAAUCAACAAAAAAACGAUAAUAAUAAUAAUAAUAAUCAUCAACCAUUGAAAAUUUCAUUAGUUAUAUCAUUAGUUAUGUUACUAAGACGUUUACCAUCAGGUUAUUUAGAAUCACGUUUACCUCAUCUUAUUUUACGUAUUAUGGAUGUAUUACGACCAUCACGUGAUAUUCCUGUUGAAAUACGUUAUGAAGCAAUAAAAUCAUUAUGUCGUAUUGGAAGAUUAUUAGGUCCAAGUAAAGGAUUAAAUCAAUUAUUUGAAAUUAUUGAUCAACAAUUAGAACGUGGUGGUUAUACCUAUUGGCAAGUAAGAUUAUAUACAUUACAUCGUAUAUUAAGUGAAGUAGAACAAGCUAUAAUAUCCGGUGAAGUAUCUUAUAAAUCUGGUCAAUUAGAUUAUAUUGGUCGUAUUAUGAUUCGACUUUAUAUAGAUGAAAUGAUUGGACGAUUAGCUGAAGAAAUUGAUUCAAGACGUUCAGCAAAAUUAACAUUAAAUACAAAUAUAAAAGAAUUAUCAAUAAAUAAUUUAAAUGGAACUAUUCAAAAUGAUUUACCUGAAGCAAAUGGAUUAAAAUCUCCUGAAGGUGUUACACGUUUAUGUAGAUUAUUAUCAAAUGAAGGUAUUAUAUAUUUAUUUACAAAUAUUAAAAUGGCACUUCAUUGUGCUGUAUCUGGUACUUCAAUUGGAUCCAUAUUGAAUAAUACUAAUAAUAAUAAAUCAUCAUCAUCAUCAUCGAAUGAUUCUAUUGGUUGUGGUGUACGAUUUCGACAUAAAGCAUUAGCUAGAUUAGAAUGUACAUUAACACGUCUUCCAAUGAAAACUGGAUUAUUCUCUAAUAAAUAUCUUCAAUCUAAUUUAAAUCUGAUUAUUGAAUUAUUUCAACAACUUGUUACAGAUAAUCUUCAAGAUAUUAAAAUAUCUCAUAUAGAUUUAAAUGAAACAACUCCUCAGACAACAACAACAACAACAACAAUAAUCAAUCAUGACGAUCAGGAUCAGGAUCAAGAUGUUUCACAACAUAAUAAUUCUAUUAUUACAGGUUGGUAUCAACCAAAAUCAAAAUUAUUAGAACCACGUUGGAAUUAUUUAGAAUUAGAUCAUGAACCAAAAUAUCAAUUCAAUUCAUUGCCUAUAAUACAAACUAAUUUAAAACAAUCUUAUUUAUUAGUUUGUUGUGGUUUAUAUUUAUUUAUUGGUAUAAUACGUUAUCAAUGGUUAAAACAAGAUCAAUUAGAUCAUAUACAAUUAAUAAUCAAUCAAUUUCUACCAUCAAUUAUUGAUUGUUUACAAUCAAAAUAUAUUCAAGUAAUAAGUAUUACAAUUAAAUGUAUACGUUUAUUAUUAUUGAUUACAUCAUCAAAAUUAUUCAUCGAUCAAAUACCAAAAUUAAUUGAUUAUAUUAAUAUUAUUGGUAAUCAAUUAUUUCAUUUAUUAUCAAAUCAAUCCUAUUUAUUAUUAAAUCAAUCUAAAUCAAAUAGUUGCUAUGUAGAAAAUUUUAAUAAAAAUUUAUAUACAACAUUAGCAUCAUUAGUACAUCAUCAAUAUAAUUAUUCAUUAAAUAGAAAACAAUUAUUAACAUUAUUAAAUAUAGUUGAUAUAGAAUUAAAUCAAUCUAAUGAAUUGAUGAAUCCAUCUAUAUUAUUAUUAUUGAAUGCUAUAUUAAAACGUCGUUUACGUGAUCCUAUUAUUCAAACAAUCAAUAUCAUUGAUGUUAAUCAAGCUGUUGAAUUCAAUAAUCAAUUAUCUAUUUCUAAUCAAUUAACCAUAGCUAAAUUAACUGAUGAUGAUUAUGAUUAUAAAAUUGGUGCUGGUGGUGGUAAACGUCUAUUGAAUUUAUUUUAUCGAUUACAAUUAUUAAGUAUUACAUCAUUAUCAGAAAAAAUUCGUUUAGAAUCAUGUAAUUGUUUAAUAACUUAUUUAUUAAAUUAUCCACAUCAAUUAAAAUUUUUAAAAAAAUUUAUUACAUUUUAUAUUAAACAAUUAGAAUAUCAUCAAUUAACUGGUCAAUUAUCCGUUAUUGAUUUAUUAUCACGUCUUAUUGAUCAAUUACCAAUUGAUUAUUUUAUUGGUAAAACUAAUGAUUAUUUAGAUGAAUUAAUUUUUUUAAAUAUUUGUGUAACUAUUGAACGAGAAUCAUCUAAAAGAAUACGUAAAAUAUUUCUGAAUUUUUUAUCUUUAUUCUUUUAUAAAUUACCUAUAGAUUUAAUACAAAAAUAUAUUAAUGAUUAUAUUAUAGGAUUUUUAACAGCUCCACCUAUAACAAGAUGUUCAGCAAGAUUACUUGGUUUACAAAUUAUUACAUCAUUAUUAUUAUAUAAUAAUAAUAAUAAUAAUAAUAAUAAUAAUAAUAAUAAUAAUCAAUUAUUAUUAUUAUUGAUUAAACAAUAUCGUAAUCAAUUUAUUGAUAUUAUUAGUAAUGAUAUAUUACCAUGUGGAAUGAUACAAUUAAAUAGAUUAAUACAAACUAAUCCUAUAUUAAUGAUAUCAACUGGUCUUGAUGAAUUCUAUCAUAAAAAAUCUAUGAAAACACCAAAAGAAGAAUAUAUAUUAUCAAAUAUUAUAAAAGAGGAUGCUAAAUGGAUGAGUGAAAUAGAAUUGCCUAAAAAUGCUUAUUCACAAGAGGAUGAUCAUGAUGAUGAUGAUGAUGAUGAGGAGGAGGAGGAGGAGGAGAAGGACAACGCUUCAAAAUUGUCAAAAGAUGAUGAUGAUGAUGAAGAAGAAGAGGAUAUAGAUUUCAAUGAUGAUGAUGAUAAUGAUGAUGUAGGUGACAAUGUCGAUUUAGAUUAUGAUGAAGAUACAAAUCUUGAUCCGUUUACUUCUGAUACAUUAAAUGAAAAUAUUGAAAAUAAUAAACAUACUAAUGAUACUAUACAAUCUCAAUCAACAUCAUCUACCAAACAACUUAAAUGUUCAAAAUCGGCUAUUGAUAAUCAAUACUUCUUAGUUGCUCAUACAUUAGAACAUGCUUUAAAAUUAACUUAUCAACUAAUUACUGAAUCAACCAACGAUUCAACGAAUACAUCCGAUAACAAUAUCAAUACAUAUAUAUCUUCAAUUAAAUUAUCCCCAUUUUGGCGUAUUCUAUUAAAUGGACCUAAAUAUAAUCAUAUGAAUCAAUUAUGUCCAAUUACUGAAUUUCAAUCAAAAAAGUAUCAUGAUGAAUUGAAUAAACGUCGUGAACGAUAUAGUACAUUAUUCUCUAUGGAAACAACCGCCAUCAACCCCACCACUACCAACACCAGCACCAGCACCAACACCACCACGACAACAACAACAAAGAAUAUAGAAAAUAAAACUAAAAAAAUGAGUUUAUUAAUAGUAGGUCAUCGUGAAACACGUGAAUGGGCAACACGUUGUUUAAAUUUAUUAUUAAAAUUAGAAAUCAUUACAAAUCAAGAUCGUUUUUUAAAAGAAAGUAAUGAGAAUACAGUCGUAGAUACUGAAUUAUCUGGUUUCAAUGUUCGAUCAGCAAUAUUUAAAAAAUUACAAAAAAAUAAAACAAAUUUCAAUAAAGUAUUACAAAGAAUACUAACCGGUUUAUUAUUUCAAUUAGAAGUUGAUGCACGUGUACCUAUUUCAGAAGAAUGGUCAAAUGCGUUAUUAUCUAAUUUAAUUUAUCUUGGACAAUUAUUACAUUUAAGUGUUGGACGUAAACCAGUAUUGAGAAUAUUUCGUAUUGCUAAUAAAAUUGCAUUGGAUGAAUUAAACAAUAGACCACAAUAUUAUUGUCAAAGGCUACUGGCGUUGAAAUUGACUACCGGUCUUUUAUUACGUCUACCCCAUCCGAAUACAACGCAAUUAUUUGAUAUGUUCUCACUAAAUACUCAACCUUCAAGUGGUUCUAAUAAUCAAUCAGUUGAAAAUUUAUCUGUUAAAAAACAAGUUCCAGCUUAUUUCGCCUAUUUAAGAUCUGCUUCGAAAUUAAUUAGUCGAGAAUUCCGUCAGCGUGAACGAUUAGCUUUUACAGCAGCUUCAUCAUUAGCUUCAGCUGUCAACGAUGAUACAACAGAUAUUGGCGCUAGAAUGCGACUACGUGGUAUGCAUCUUUCCAAAGAACUUACUGUCAGAGCGAAAUCAAGACGAAGAAGAGCACAGGCUCGCCUCCGUCGUGCACUCAUGUCAGGUACAAUUAGACCAGAGAAUGCGAACAGUCUUGUUGCCUCUGUAUCAGCUGGAAUGGCAAAGGUAGGACCUGAUCAAUUAGUUGAAUUAAUUGAGUCAACUGAAUCUGCUCUUACACAAGAACUUGGUGGUGGAAAUCAUCAACUCAUUCAAAUUAUAUGCAGUCGUGCAUCGUUAGGCGCUCGUGCUAUUCGAGAACGACGUAAUUUGCAUAAAGCCACUCGUAAUGCUCUUGGCAUGGCAUGGAAUGGUCCAGUGAAAAAGAAAUCUAAGCUACCAGAUGUAACAUCUCAACCCUUGGAAAUAAAUAAUUGCAGUGAGAACGAAAAUGACACAUCUAAUCGGUUGCAAAAAAGAAAAUUAUCUCCGAAUGAAGAACAUCAUCAAAAAGCCACACAGCACAAGAAAACGAAGAAACCGCGAAUAAGUUUGUGAAAGCAUUUUUUUAA